AUGAGACACUGUCCAUCAUGCUGGAACGUACCACAGAAAUCAGCCCAGAGUGUCGCAGCCUAUAGGAGUGUUCUCACCAUCAGUCCUCUAAGCUCUGUCCGCGAGGACAAGUGUCAUUCACUGCGUACUCGGGCCGUCACUGCGACUGAGUACAAAGCCACAGGUCAGACCACUAAUACCAGUAGUACCAAUGUCAAUGUAAUAGACCUCUCAGCUCCAGUGGUGGAGUUGGAUGCCUCUAGUCCCACUAUUCAAACGGUGGGGGACUCCCUCCAUUUGACCUGUACUGCGACAACAGUAGACCAUCUCACACCUGGUGCUGAGCUGACUGUCGAGUGGACUGGAGGUAAUGGUGGAGCCACGCAGAUUGAGACUGCUGUUGAAGGAACCACUGUCACAAGAACUCUGACAUUCAGUUCUCUGAGUACUACACAUGGGGCCAAGUACACCUGCCAGGCUGCAAUUAACAUUCCAUCCAUUAAUGUCACCAGGAACAACAGUAGCAAUACAGAUGUAUAUGUUCGAAUCCCCAGUCCAAUGGUGGCAGUGACUGCACAAACAGCAACAGAAUUGGUGUCUGGCUCUGGUCUCUCCCUCAACUGCUCCAUCCAGCCUCCCUCUGUGGACACCUCUAUCACCGUCCUCUCCAAUUGGAGCACUCCUGGUGGUAGACACAACAGAGUCAAUGCUGAGAAUGAUGCAAGUCCACAGUUGGUCAUACCCAGUGUGGAGACAGCAGAUAGUGGAGACUACACCUGUUCAGUCAGAGUGACUGACUCAACUAAUAGUCCAUAUAUACUGGACAGUCCUCUAGCAUAUAGUACAACAAGGAUCACUGUCAAACUGAAUGUGACUGUGAGUCCGAUCUACGAACCAGCUCCAGGGAGAUCCCGGGGAAUUGGAUCCUCAUGAGAAUUCACUGCAGGCAGAAGGUAAACUAACUCUCAAACUGUUCGCAGUUGCAGCGGAGACACAGUGAGCUCCUUUUUUCUUUCCUUUUUCUCUUUCUAUGAGCCUACACGUGGUAUCUCGGAGCAAUGGGACCCCAGUACACUGGCUGUGGUAGAAUGACUUGGUAUCUCAUCCAUCAUACCCUCCUAUUCACUGGUGGUCGACCGUAAACUAUACU